CCCGUUUCUCUCAUUAUUUCUUUUUCUUUUUCUGUGCCUGCUAGCUCCUAGCGUCGGCUUGCUUCUUGGGGUGCGGGCUGCACGGGCAGCCUAGCCUAGUGAUACCUAGGCAGUACCUAGGUCGUUGCUUGAGCCCCCCUCCCCCCUUUCCCUUGUUCCCCCCUCACCGAGUCCACCCCCUUCUUCCCUGUCUGGUCCUCUCCACUGCACUGGGAACUGGGUCUUGUACCGGGGGCCGUAGCCCAGAACCUGAAGCCUACACAGGACCCUCAAGGACCCUGAACCAGCGGCGGCGCCCCCAAACCUUUUUGUGGCUCUCGUCGACUUCUCCUUCUCCCUUGCUCGCUCCCUUCGAUCAACCCUCCCAGAGACAAAAGUCAGCCGCCCGCUUCCAACAUUCCAAUCCUCCCACUACCAAACAACCAUCCCAACUCAGAUCCAUAUCACGUCAACAGUGUAAACAAAUAUUCUCUGUUUGAAGACCUACAUACAUCCUCUCCCGUUUCAACACGUCCAUUACAACCUUCAUCGCCUCGUUCGACCUUUUAUCUGCACCCUGGUUCGCAUAGACACCCCCCGGUCUCGCCAAUUUCUCCUACCAAUUUUCCCAGCCACCGUCAUUUUCUCAACUUCAUCCACGACCGACCCGUACCUCCGUACUGCCCACGUUUUCCCACCUGCGAUCUGCCGACUUGGAAAGUCUGCGCGUCCAACACGCUUUUCUGCUGUCGCAAUCCACCACCAACUGUCUCGAGUCGCUUGUCCUUCUCUCGGCGCUCUCUGUAUAUCGCUCGCUCAUCCGCAUUUCACACGAUUCAGCCUGCAGCCGCCGUGGCGCCUUCAGAUCGACUCUCGUCCGCGUGACCGACCGCAUAACCGCAUAGCCGUCUCAACGCGCGUCCACAGCAUGAACCCUUGAAGAAACCACAACGCGAAAUCCUCGACAGGGCUGCAUCGGCCGGGUCUCUGCGCCUGCUUGUAUAUAUCGCGCCGAACAUCUGAUUGCAGGACGUCAGCGUGCGCGCAUACCACAUACAACCCAUGGCCGACCGCGAACCCUCGCCCACACUUUUGUCCUCGUCCGCUCAGCGCAAACCACACAUGUCCAUAACCCUCCCUCGGAACUUCGCGCCCUUGGGCCUUGAUGGCGGCGACGACCCAAAAACUCCAAAUCAGACAUUUGCGGAGCUGAAAUUACCUCCACCGCCCCAUCAUUCCACUUGUCGUUUGCGCAGGUCGCGAAUUCGAAUGGACAACUUUCAGGCGCGUAACAACGCUCUGCCGGCAACGCUGUUUGCUUCCGACAUCCCUAUUCCCUCCAGUGCUCACUCGGUACAAAAAGAACUUGAAUUUGCGGAUGCCGACUUUGCUCUACCGUCGAUCGAAAUGCACAAUCAUUUGGGGAGACCCAUCUACAAUCACAGUAUCACAGACCCCUCCCCCAGCGAGAGAUUGAAGCUGUCCACGUUCAGCGACUCCCAGCUUCCACGGACUCCGAUCGCUCAGACCAAGAUCGUUUUGCCAGAGUACAAGAACGGUGCGUGGGAUAUGCACAGGUCGGCCUCAGAAUGCUCGCUCCGAUCGGAUUCAUCCUUUACCUCAUCCGAGGACACAUUUACGACGCGACCUACCUCGUUCGACGGCAGCGCCACUAGCCCCGAGAACGAGUUGCACGAUCCUUUCUCACCGACAAAGGUCAACAUCAUCCCCGACACGCCAUCGAGGAAGAACAAGAAGCUCAAGGUCAAUACCAUGCUGUCCAGAGCGAAUGUUCAAUGGAGCAUUGAAAUGGAUAACCAUCUCUUCAAUGUCUACCACAUGUACCUGGCGGAUCCCACAGUGACCCCGUUCAAGACGGUACCGGGCAGCAUCCCUCCGACGGGUGUCUGUCAUCGUGUAGCACGGAGAGCGAAGGAGACAUGGCCCAGAGCUUCACGAGUCAACAAACCCCUCAUUCGACGAUACAAGAUGCGAAAUGUCAUUGAGACGCGGAGCAUUGCCCGGGACAAGACGCCGGAACCAAAUGACUUUCUUCGGACUGACUACAACGACGCAAGGGGGGCUUGGCCUUCAGAGUCGGCCACGAGGAGGCGACUGAAACAAUUGUGCAAGGAGAAGUUCACCAUCACCGCCCAUUAUCAGCGACUGCGCGAAUCCAGGAGUCCGUCGCCAUUCCAUGAACAAUUUGCGCGUCGACCGUCUUCUCGAUUGUCUCGGUCGGUUUCAAAUCAAGACUCGCAGGCAUCAACCACCUACGCCACCCGAGAACUGGGGAUCUCGCUCGUUGCGAGUGGUGCAACUGCCCCCUUGGCACAGCUGGGGACGGGAGAUUCGCCUCCAACUCAGCGGAUGUCGGAUGACUGGUUUAAUACCCCGGUCAACGCUUCUUCCGACACCAUGUCCCUGUCCACCCCGGCCGGUUUAGGUAUUCAGUCUGAGGCUGACAAGUUGCAAGUUGCAAGCAAUAUCCCACGGUUGGCUUCGCCCUUUAAUUAUAGUACCUGGAAUGGAUCGGGCAAUUCCAACAGCCAGCACCGGCGUCAUAUCAGCCACCACCACUUUGAUACCGUUCACGCCACUGGGACACGAUUGCUCUCCCCGUUCAAGCUAGAGCCGGAGAGUUCCCUCAAUGUCAAUAAACGACGAGCUCAGCAUAACUUGGAGGACGAACUGAGCCCUAGUGGCAGCAACAUCGAAAAACUCAAUGUUGACCUCAACAGAUUGCCUGUUCCCACCGCAUUCGAGCCAGAGCCGCAAGUUCGACCGGAGCUGGUCUUUACAGGAGCAGGGGACCUCAAUCAGCGGCGAAUUCGAGUUCGAAAUCGUGGGGCGACUCUGGGGGCAGUGAACAACCGAGAACACGUCGAGCGCCUCUUUACUCCACCGACUUCUCAAAUCCCAGGAGCUGAUGGAGUUCCGCCAGUUCCACCGUUGCCAGCCUCGUUGACUGCUUUAGCAAACCCCAACGUUCGGCCGAGCUCCGGUGGGCUUGCCCCGCCCGAACCUGAUUCGACUCAGAAGCGACUUGGGAGCCCGUUCGAACUUGAUCCGAACAAGCGGAGCUACCGCUCCAAAAACCCUCGACAUGUGCCGAGUUUGAGUGACCCGUUCAUCAGCACCAGUGCGUUCGCGACGACGCCAAAUCAUGGACACAACGGGAUGAGUAUCGGAGAACGACUGGCAAUGUUCAAUACUUUUCAUCCACCGCAUUUUCCGCGACAAAUGUCGAACCCUCGAUCCAGAGAUGAUCCAUUCGCCUGAUGGUGAAGUGGAUUUCCAGUAUAGUGUUUCUAUUGAACAGCGAUGAUUUUGCAAGAAGAGCAUAAGUUUUGGGGCCCCGGUGCAGGACGCAUUGGUCCGGGUUCUUUUGCCACGGCGUUGACAGGACAGAUUCAAUGCGAAUCAUAUUUGAAAAUCUGGAAUGGAGAAAAUGGGCGAGCUAGUGGCGAGAACUGCAUGAGAGAGUCUUGCGCGGCAUUUUUGGUUGAUCAAUACAGCGAUUUGCAUGAGCAGAGAAACGGGAGAAAAGCAAUUUGCCCUUGGAAGUUUUCGUUGGGCCAGCACAAGAUCAACAGGCUUGAUGAUAUCAGUGUUUGAAGAUACGGACUGGAGCUUGCAAAGCCACAUGUGGGAGUAUUGAUUUGCCACCAGACAAUUCAGAAGCGCUCGAGAUGUCUCAAGGUGGUCUAUUGAUUCUACACAUGCACACAGACGAGACAGGUUUGAUGGAGACCAGGACAGCCUUGUCAACUGAUGGUCGAUGGGAUCGGCGCUUUUUGGGAAGGUUGGCCCUGGUUUCUCUGUUUAUGAGAUCAUGAAAUUUGACCUACGAGUGGGGAUAAAGAAUGAAGAAUGAUCAUAUGGAAGUCAAGCAGAGUCCCGGAUGGACAGUCUUUCUCUCGAAAUGCUU